AUGAAGGGAAAGGUAGCAGCUUCUCACUUUUGUGACUUUAGUAAUUCAAACCUAAGAGAUCCUAUGAUGAUGCUACAGUCUCUUGCUAGUCAGAUGUGUGAAAAUAUUACUGGAUUUAAAGAGAAGCUUCUUGAUCAGUUGAGGCGACCUCAUCAAGUCCAAAACUUAAAGUAUGCCUUUAGAAUAUACUUGCAAAAUCCCCUUGAUGAAUUGGAUUUAGAAGAACCAAGUUUAGUCGUGAUCGAUGGCUUGGAUGAAAGUGCAGCAGAUGAUAAGAAUGAAAUUAUGAAUUUGAUUGCUGAUUAUUUUAAAGAUCUUCCCGAGUGUAUAAAGUUCCUGGUGACCAGCAGGCCGGAGAUUGCCAUAGGAAAACUAAGUGAUGUUCAAAAGAUUAAUAUUGACAGCAAUGAUACAUUGAUACCAAGAAUAACUCAGAUCUUGAAUUGUACCUUAAAGCUUGCCUUCCACGUCUAGCCGACAGAAAAGCAAAAAUUCCUUGGUUUUUUGAAUACGGAGAUCCGGUUCCAACUGUGUGUGAAGAGCUUGCUAAGACGAAGUGCCAGGGUUCAUUUCUGUAUGCGUUUUACGUUCAGUCUGAGCUACGGAAACGCGAUGAUCUUGAUAAGAUGACAUUGGAUGAAAUCAUGACGUUUGUCCCAGAAGGCCUGGAUUCAAUUUACUUGAAAUAUUUUAAUCGCCUUGAAAACGAGCUAAGAGCCAUAAGGCAUGGCAGUCUUGAUGUGCUGAGAAUUUUGGAAAUGCUCGCAGUUUCUGAAGGCCCUCUUCCCCUCAGUUUCAUCUCUCGUGCUCUCGGUUUGGCUUCAGAUUGUCGCGAAACGACAAAGAUCAUUAACAAAGUCAACGAAACGGUAUCCUGUUUGCUCUACGUUUCCGAUGAUCUGGUGACCGUUUUUCACAAGUCCGUUAUUGAUUGGCUUCUUGCAGAAAAGGCUACAAAGAUCACGAGUAUACCGUCAAAGUCAGUGAUGGAAAUAAAUCCCUUUGGCUGAGAUGUGAACAAGUUUUUGAAGAAAUUAAGAAGAGGGUUUGCUCGUUAGAUGACUUAAAUUUAACUAAUGACGUGAAGUAUGCUCUGGAUUACGGCUUUCGAUAUCUAAAAGCAUGUAAUAUGGAGGAGAGUUUCUUUUGGGUGGUAGAUUUUGUAAUCAUAUACGUAUUUUUUACUAUCUUCCCCCUAGAAGAAGACUAUCUAUUACGUUUCUGGGCAGAAAUUCUUCAAGGUUCUUUGGUCAGUGACAAACUACGUGAACGCAUUUUAUGGCAUGUCUUUGAAAUUGACUUUCUGAAAAAUAAAUCAACGCUAAAGACGAGAUCAUAUUAUUUAAAAAGUGUCCUUACACAUUCUCCUGAAGGAUGUUUCAGUGAUAACGAGAAGAAAAUUGCAGAGUCGCUUUUGUCGAAGGUUCGACGGUUUGUCGAGUACAGUAACUUUAAUGAAGUGGAGGUUUUGCCUUUUGCAGCGUGGCAUCAUAAUCCUGCAAGGCCAGAAUAUAUAGAUUGGGACACGGUUUGGGAGCCAGGGAUUAGCGCUGUUGGUUUGUCCCACGAUAAGACAAUGGCAGCCGUUGGAAACAUGGAUUGGACUAUCAGUGUAAUAUCCGUACCAAGUUUGGUUAAGCUUUGGGAAUAUUCAGCAGAAUUGGGAAGUAUGAACCUACCCACUCCAGUGUGUUGCGUAUUCGCUCCAGACGAUUCAUUCGUUUUAUUUGGGAUACUGGAAACUGUUCUUAACAUUGCUGAAAGAAAGCUAGUAACAUUUUUCCACGGAAGUAAAGAGGCGUUUUCGUCGUGUGCAUUUUCUCCGAGCGGCAAGAGGCUGCUAACUAGCAACGGCUCAAACACCAUUAAGUUAUGGGACGUCUCUAGGCAAAGCUUGCUGUCGUUACUUUGUGCUGACGUGUGUGUUAAUUGGUGCUCUUUUAGCAGCUCAGGGUUAUUUAUCAUUGGAGAUAGGAAAGAUGCUGUUGAUCGUUCGCACGAAGACGUGUGUUUCUGGGAAUCAAACGAUUUUAUAAUUGAAGACAGGAGACCAGAAGAUUCAUUUUGCGUUUGGAAUGCUAUUACCUGGCAAAGAAGUGAUGAGCGGAACAAACGUUAUGUAAAGCUAAAGGAACCAGGAGUAUUGCAGAAUAAGAAAUGUAACCGUUGUUUUCGACCAGGAUUUCAAGAAUUAAACUCUUCUAAAAGAUUAUAA